GAAAGAUGGCCAUAUGUUAGCUAGCCUCUUCCUGCAGGGGCUCAACAAACGCUUCGAUCUUCAUCUUAUUGUCUUCUGUUCCCUUUGAGCGGCACACAGCCAUGACAUAAAUCAUUUUAUCGACAUCGUAAAGAAAUAAUGACGAGAGUGUGUGUUUAAAGGGAUUUCUCUAGUAGUUUUUGGAGCCUGUGUGUGUUUGUGAAGGGGGGGGGGUCUCUUCAGGUCAACUGUCAACAGUUUAACGUCAGUGCAGUGAGGAGCAGUCGUCAUGGCAGCUCCGGUGAACAUCCAGACUCCCAGUAAGAGCUGGGAGCUGAGUCUGUAUGAACUCCACAGGAGCCCUCAGGAGGCAAUCAUGGAUGGGACGGAGGUGACGGUGUCUCCUCGCUUCCUGCACAGAGACAUCAGGUGUCCCAUCUGUCUGGAUAUGCUGAAGAACACCAUGACGGCCAAAGAGUGUCUGCACCGCUUCUGCUCCGACUGCAUUGUCACCGCGCUGAGAUCAGGGAACAAAGAGUGUCCCACCUGCAGGCAGAAGCUGGUCUCCAGACGCUCGCUGCGCCGGGACUCAAACUUCGACGCUCUGAUCUCCAAGAUCUACCCGAGCCGGGACGAGUAUGAGGCCCACCAGCGCAGCGUCCUGGAGCGCCUCAACCGGCUUCACAACAAGGAGGCGCUGAGCUCAAGCAUCGAGGAGGGGCUCCGGCAGCAGGCCCGCUACAGGAACCACCGGAUGAAGAAGCCGAUCCAGGAGAGUAACAACACCACUUUCAGCGGGGGGGAGGACAACGGCGACGCUCGCUCCCACCUGUCUCAUGACUCCGCCCCCACCCCCGGGCAGACCCCCUCAGCAGCCGGGCCGAGCAGGAAGCGGCCGCGGGCUUCAGACGAGGGGCCUGAGGCAGACAGCGGCAACCCCACCCCCCCGCCACGCCACCACAAAGAGGGGCCGGCCUCCAAAAUCGAGCUGAUGUUCAAACCCCACCCCGAGCUGGUCCGCGGCCAGGACUACAACCAGACCAGGUUGUUGAGCACGACGGUCAAUGCCACUGUGGACCACAUUUCCAAAUACCUGACUCUGCGCAUCGCCCUGGACGACAGACAGACCGACGCAGAGAUGGAGGACAGAGGGAGGGAGGAGGGAGGGGGAAGAAGAGGAGAGGAAACAGGAGCAGCAGGGGGAGGAGGAGAGAGUGGAGGAAGAGCAGGAAAUGGAGAGGGCUCGGCUCUGAAAACCAUCAGUGAGAAACAUCACACCAUCUACAUCCUGACGAGAGGAGGACAGUUCUCUACGCUGAACGGCUCUCUGACUCUGGAGUUGGUCGAGGAGAAAUACUGGAAGGUGAGGAAGCCUCUGGAGAUUCACUACGCUCCCACCAGGGACCAGCAGCAGGCAGCCCCGCAGCCACAGCAGAAGUCCAGUGUGGUUCCAGAAUGAGGCCUAAACUCUGGGUUCACUUGCUUUUAAAGUCGUUUUUUUAAUGUAUUAGAUUUGGUUAGAUGCCUGGAAUAAGGUGUGUGGUUAACGGAAGCUAAGGAUAUGAUUUGUUUUACGACAUGAGAUGUCAGUAAACGCCUCGGCCUACAAAACAAAAUGUCCUCACUGCACCACUCUUUUAGCGUUUCUUUUUCAAAUGUACUGGCAUUAAGACAGUCUUGAUCACUUUUGGAUCUUACGAAAUCUGAUCUGAGACCUGAUAUUUGGAGGAUACAUCAAGAAGAAGAAAAAACACAAACCUCUUAAUAACAGCAAAAAGAGUCGUGGCUUGUGUUCUGGUGAAUAAUCAGGCUGCGUCCGAACAUUUAACAGCCGACCACGUUUAUAAAGACAAAGCUGUGCAGUCGGGGUGUUUGAAAUGUGAAUGAAUUAUUUUUAGGUAACAGGGUACAAAAUAAAAACACAAUUGAAUGUCUCUUAAUAGGAAAUGACAUCAAUCUAUUAAGGUUAAUACAUGUGGCAGCCAGCCAGGAAAAGUUCAAUAUAUUGGGUCAUAAAUGUGAGUCGUUGUUUUUUGUUGACACUUCCUUUGUAAAAUCUAUGGAUCACUUAGUUAGAAUUUUCAAACAUUAAAAUUAAGGGAUUUCAUUUCAA